CGACGACAACAACAUCGUUGUUAAGAGAAACAAUAUGGCGAACUGAGAAAACCAAGAUUAGAAAAAUUUCGAUUGGUUCGUCCAAACUCAAAUAUUCCGUCCAACUUUAAGGAUAAUAAAUGCAAAAAUGAGUUAUCAAAAGAAGAACACAGCAACCUCCUCAAUAGAUUGCCAUGCCUCGUCCGUGGCACCUCUUGAUUACUCAUUCCUGAGCCUGACAUGCUGCUCCGAGGCUGUGGAUGAUGAGCCCAGGAAUAAUUCGCCAAGGAAGACGAAAGCGCAAACAAGUAGUAAGAAGAAGAUUCUAGAAAAGGACGGGGAGCCCGAAGAGAAGCCCAAGUCAAAAAGUCAUGGAAUCAAACUGAAUAACAACAGCAUUGGAGAUCUCGGAACACUGCUAACAACGGUGGAGACCCUGUUUGAAAAUCCGGAAGGAGUCUAUCUCGUUGAUCUUUCAUUUAAUGAAGUAGCGACUGUUGAUCAUCUCCUUCACCUUCCCCAGCUCCGUUCCCUAUAUUUACAUUCCAACAACAUCACCGACCUAAAGGAAGUGGACAAACUAGCCACGCUCAAACAUCUCACCAAACUGACUCUUCAUGGAAACCCGAUUGAGAGUAUUAAGGACUACCGAUGUUACGUCCUUGCCAAGUUGCCACAAUUAAAACAGUUUGACUUCAGCCAGAUCACGACCAAGGACAGGGAAACGGCAAAUGCUCCUGCUCACAAAAACAUCAACAAAAAAACGAAAAAACCCAAGACUGAGGGCUGAAUGGACACAAAUCUGACUCGAUUAAAAAGUUGUCACGUAUCGUUCUUGAUGGGGACCUCUGUGUUUCAGUACGUACCGAAAAACAGGACGGACAAGAAAGACUGCAUUGAUUGUCCAAUUUUCAUACUCAUACCAGUUGUGCCCACACUGUAGGCCUCUCCAGUGAAAUCAACUUCUUCGGGUUGAGCUCAGCAUCAAUCCCAAGCAUUUGACCAGGUUUGGGCCUUAAUUUUACCUCCAACCUACCUUUCUUGAUUUUAGUACAAAGCCCACCAGUGUGGUGUUAAUGCUUCAAGCUAGAGAUAUGUUAUUCAUAGACCUAAUAGUGUACUAUUCUUCAUUGUAAUGUUACAAAUACACUGUCUUUCCCACCAAACACCAGUUAAAUCAUUGGUCCUGUACAUGAUAUGGACCAACUUUUCCUUCAGACUAGUUGAACUGUGUAGCUAUACUAUUGCCUGUUAUUUGAUCCAAAUUGCCCGCUAGGUAUUUGGGAUUUUUAGGCAUGGUCAACUCCAAACUCCAAUAUUUUAAAAAGAUUAUAUUGAUUUGUUGACAAACUAUAACUUUUUGCCCUGGAUGUAAAAAAUGAAACAGGUCUAAAUGUAUUCAUCUGUGAUGUGUAUAAAUUAUAUAUAAAUAAAAAUUAUGUUGAUGUUUUA